AUGUUGGGUCAAAAUACCGCAGCCACUUCAUACCAAAUCAAUCAGUACUACAAUGAUCGAGUUGGAGUACGUAAAAGCCAUGUACAUAAAUCGGUUCACAUAAUUGCCAAAAUUGUGCAGGAAAUACUUAAAGAUGUUGAAGCUCUUGAGCCUCGAUUUAUUUCAACUUUAGUUGAACAAAAUGGCCGCUAUGAAGGGAUAAUGGUACACUCACCAUCUGAAUACGAGGUGAUAUUGUAUCUUAAUCAAAUGGGUGUUUUUAAUUUUGUUGACGAUGGAUCUAUACCUGGUUGUGCCGUACUUAAACUCAGUGAUGGAAGAAAACGAUCAAUGUCAUUGUGGGUUGAAUUUAUUACGGCUAGUGGCUAUUUGUCUGCUAGAAAAAUCCGAAGUCGUUUUCAAGCUCUAGUUGGACAGUCCAUCGAGAAAUCGCAGUACCGUGACAUCUGUAAGCUGAUGACAGAUACUACCGACGUCAAGCUUCGGAUACAAGAUAAAUAUACUGUGCAAAUUACUUGUGCUUUUCGCUGUAACGGCAUCUGGCCCAGAAGCGCAAAUCAGUGGCCAAGAAUUCUCAACCAGUGGACUGGACUGAAGAACGAAGGUUUUGACUUGUUUAGCAAAGAAACUAAUGCUGCUCAGUGCCAACCCAACAAACAGACAAAUUCGAUGGAAGGCGAUGCAUGGGCAAUGAAUUCACAUCUAGACUUUGUUAAUACUCCAAUCACAAAUUAUAUCUUGAAGACGCUACUAUUGUUCGAAUGCGAAAAGCACAGUAAGGAGCAUGAGUGGGAAGAGGCUUUUAUUGGAGAUCGUGUUAUAGGCGUCUUACUGCAACUUGUUUCCUGCCUUCAGUGCCGAAAAUGCCCACAUUACUUUCUACCACAACUUGAUCUCCUCAGGAAUAAACCAAGCCAUCUAUUAGAUCAAAGUGCCAAGCUGACUUGGAAUCUUGUUAGGCAACUUAUGCUCAACUCAAGAGCUUUAGAAAAUUUGUGA